AUCCGCUCCUACGAAAAAAAAAAAAAUUAAAAAAAAAUCAUUCAAAUUAAUUUGUAAACGAAGCCAGAGCAACACUUGCCAUUUGAUAUCUGAACGGAUCUCCCUUUCAGUCAUUCUCUUAAAGCUUCAGCUUAAACCCUAUAUAAAUUGAAAUUCCGAAUAAAUGCACCCUGUUAAUCUCUAACAAUAUCGAAUCUUCACUAACUGAUUUUGUGUCCGUUCGGUUUUCGGUGCAAUGGUGGUCUGCAAAUGCCGAAAGGCUACAAAGUUAUAUUGUUUCGUGCACAAGGUUCCGGUUUGUGGAGAAUGCAUUUGCUUUUUUGAGCACCAAUUAUGUGUAAUUCGUACUUACUCAGAAUGGGUAAUAGAUGGAGAGUAUGAUUGGCCUCAAAAGUGUUGUCAUUGCCAAGCAGUGCUUGAAGAGGGGACCAGCUCUCAAACUACCCGAUUGGGUUGCUUGCAUGUUAUACACACAAGUUGUUUGGCUUCACAUAUCAAAAGCUUCCCUCCGCACACUGCACCGGCUGGAUAUGUGUGUCCAUCAUGUGCUACUUCUAUAUGGCCUCCUAAGAGUGUUAAAGAUUCAGGAUCCCGUCUUCAUUCACUGUUGAAGGAAGCAAUUAUGCAGACUGGACUGGAAAAAAAUUUGUUCGGAAAUCAUCCAGUUUCUCUGACAGUGACGGAGUCCUGCAGUCCUCCCCCUGCAUUUGCGUCUGAUCCAAUAAUUUCUUCUUCUAAUGUGAGCUCAUCAUCCUCUGUUGCAAAAAAUGGAAUAAACUUAACUGAAGGAUACAUGGCGCCAACUUCUGUGGCAGAAAUUAUGGAGAUUGAGAGUCCUAACUCAACAGGGAGUUUUAUCAAAAGUUCUAGUCCUCCUGCUCCGGGGGCUACAACACGGAAGGGUGGAGCCUAUGUUGAGCGACAGAACUCUGAAAUUUUGUAUUUUGCAGAUGAUGAAGAUGGGAAUCGUAAGAAGUAUUCACGAAGGGGUCCCCUCCGUCAUAAGUUUCUCAGAGCAUUACUGCCUUUCUGGUCAAGUGCAUUACCAACUUUACCAGUGACUGCUCCUCUACGUAAAGAUGCAUCGAAUGCAGAUGAUGUUCCGGAAGGUCGUUUGCGGCAUCAAAGACCCUCAAGGACAGAUCCACGGAAAAUCCUUCUCUUAAUAGCAAUCAUGGCAUGCAUGGCUACAAUGGGGAUUCUAUAUUACAGACUUGCGCAACGUGCACUAGGGGAAGGGCGGCCUGAUGAUGAGCAGCAGUGAUUAUAAUUUAAGGUUGCAGUGAUUAUACAAAGACUAUCUACCGGUUAUUGAUGGUGCUGCUGUUUUCCUUCCUUCGGCUCCCUUAUGUUUAACCUGUGGCUGAUUUUGUAUGAAACACAAAUAGUAGGAGAGAUUUUUUUUUUUCUAAAUGCAGAUGACAGACUGUUGCAUAAGCGUUUCCUGGAUCUGUCUUUUAUUUGUCCCUUUGUUACCUGUUUUGGAAUGAAAUGGUUGAAUCAGGUUUAAGGCAAAA